AGUCCUGCCCUCCUCCGGGCUCAAGCGAGUCCAGCAGCCAGUCGUGACAUCCCCCUCUGUGCCAGUCCCGCCGCUGCCGCCGCCCGAGAGCCACCCCCCAGCAUGUCCGGAAUCAAGAAGCAAAAGACGGAUGUCCAGCAGAAAUCCACAAACGUGAUCUACCAGGCUCACCACGUGAGCAGGAAUAAGAGGGGCCAGGUCGUGGGGACCAGGGGCGGAUUCCGAGGCUGCACCGUGUGGUUAACAGGUCUCUCUGGUGCCGGGAAGACCACCAUCAGCUUCGCCCUGGAGGAGUACCUGGUGUCCCACGCCAUCCCCUGCUACUCGCUGGACGGGGACAACGUGCGCCACGGCCUCAACAAAAACCUGGGCUUCUCCGUCGGGGACCGGGAGGAAAACAUCCGCCGCAUCGCAGAGGUGGCCAAGCUCUUUGCCGACGCCGGCCUGGUUUGCAUCACCAGCUUCAUCUCUCCGUUUGCAAAGGACCGAGAAAACGCGCGUAAGAUCCACGAGUUGGCGGGACUCCCCUUCUUCGAAAUCUUCGUCGAUGCCCCCCUGAACAUCUGUGAGAGCAGAGACGUGAAAGGCCUGUACAAGAAAGCCAGGGCCGGCGAAAUCAAAGGGUUUACGGGAAUCGACUCUGAAUAUGAAAAGCCAGAAACCCCCGAACUGGUUCUGAAAACCAACCUGUCGUCGGUGAGCGACUGCGUGCAGCAGGUGGUGGAGAUGCUCCAGGAGCAGAGCAUCGUGCCCCACACCGUGAUAAAAGGCAUCCACGAGCUUUUUGUUCCUGAAAACCAAGUCGACGCGGCCCGCGCCAGAGCCGAGAAGCUGCCUUCCUUACCCAUCACCAAGCUGGAUCUGCAAUGGGUCCAAGUGCUGAGCGAAGGGUGGGCCACCCCCCUCAAAGGCUUCAUGAGAGAGAAGGAGUUUCUGCAAGUGGUGCACUUCGACACUUUGCUGGACGGCAUGGCCCUUCCUGACGGCGUCAUCAACCUGAGCAUUCCCAUCGUCCUCCCGCUCUCCGAGGACGACAAGCAGCGACUCCAGGGCUCCAGCGAGUUUGCCCUGGAGUAUGAUGGACGGAAGGUGGCCAUCUUGAGAGACCCAGAGUUCUAUGAGCACAGGAAGGAAGAGCGCUGUGCCCGCGUCUGGGGGGCUACCUGUGCCCAGCACCCCCAUAUCAAGAUGGUGAUGGAGAGCGGGCCGUGGCUGGUGGGGGGCGACCUCCAGGUCCUCGAGAGGGUCCGCUGGAACGACGGCCUGGACCAGUACCGCCUCACGCCGCUGGAGCUCAAGCAGCGCUUCAGAGAGAUGAAUGCCGAUGCCGUGUUUGCGUUCCAGCUGCGCAAUCCCGUCCACAACGGCCACGCCUUGCUGAUGCAGGACACGCGGCGCCGCCUCCUCGAGCGGGGCUACAAGCACCCCGUCCUCCUGCUGCACCCGCUGGGCGGCUGGACCAAGGACGACGACGUGCCCCUGCCGUGGCGCAUGAAGCAGCACACGGCCGUGCUCGAGGAAGGGGUGCUGGACCCCAAGUCCACCAUCGUGGCCAUCUUCCCGUCGCCGAUGCUCUACGCCGGCCCCACCGAGGUCCAGUGGCACUGUCGCUCCCGGAUGAUCGCCGGGGCCAACUUCUACAUCGUGGGCCGAGACCCCGCCGGAAUGCCCCACCCUGAGACCAAGAAGGACCUGUACGAGCCCACGCACGGGGGGAAGGUCCUGAGCAUGGCCCCCGGCCUCACGUCCGUGGAAAUCAUCCCUUUCCGCGUGGCCGCCUACAACAAGGCCCAGAAAGCCAUGACCUUCUACGACCCGGCAAAACAUGACGAGUUUGACUUCAUCUCGGGAACCCGGAUGAGGAAGCUGGCCAGGGAGGGAGAGAAUCCGCCCGACGGCUUCAUGGCCCCCAAAGCCUGGAAAGUGCUCACAGACUAUUACCGGUCCCUGGAGAAGAGCAACUAGAGCCCCCCGCGGCCCCCUGGCCCGGCACCCCAGUGCGCCUCCCUUCUCUUCCUGCUUCUGUGAUUAGAAUCUUAGCAAUCACGUCCCUCCCCAGCGCAGGGGACACCUUCUAACUAGGGCCGAAAUCGGAAUCAGCUGUGAAGGCCGCAGCGGCCUGGGCUCGGCCGCUGCAGAGAGGCGCCUCCGGAUCCUCCUCUUGUCGCACGCACUGACGCCCAGAGCCCGAGAAGGCUGAGCCCCCUCCCCGGAACGCCGGCCGAGACCCUGGACACGAGGACCCGCGGAACAAUGAGUCCCAGAGAAAAGCAACUGGGCCGAGCCAAGACCACGGCCCAGCUCCCAGCGGGGGCCAGAGGGGGCGGAGGGGGAGACGGAGACGGAGAGAGACAGGGACAGAGACAGACAGACAGAGAC